AUGGCAGAAGCUAAAAGGAUGCCUUUUUGGGUAAUUUUUGGAGUUUAUCCAGUCCUCUUGGCCUUUAUUCUUUGGCUUUAUCAACAAGUUUAUUUUUUGCCUGUCCAAAUUCCUCCCAAAUUCUUAAGCUCAAAGUCUACUCUUGAAUUAGCUAUAAAAUGCUCAGCAAUUAGCACAAUCCCAAUAUUUUACUUACUUACUCCCCUCUUUAAAUUGAUACAAAAUAUAAGCUAAAUUUCCAAUUUUUCGCACUUCAUGGAAUAAUUUUUUUUAUAAAAUUAGUUUUAUACUAAUUAAUUGAAAAGUAAUUCAAAUAUUUUUCACAUAGAAUCGAUUAAUUCUAAAAAUGAAUUAAAUUCAAAAAAUUGCAUUCAAUUUAUAUUUGUUUAAAAAAAAUUAUACCCCGUAUAAACUGAACAGGAAUAUUUUCCAAUUUAAACAUGUGGAGUUAAUAAUCAUAGUAAUGCUCUGCAGAAUUUUAACAGCUGCAGGUAAUGUAUUCACUUUUAUUAUAAAUUAUGCAAUAACUGCAAUACCAGAAAUAAUAUUUAUUUUUAUUAAAGUUCAUAUUAUAAACCAUAUUUAAUAUAGUAGAGACUAUUAAAGGAAUAUCAAGGAAUCUGGUUUAAAGUCCAUUCUAUGUGUCUUCAAAAUACAUUAGAGCAGAACUUUUUAUUUGCCGUCAAUCUGAUAGCUAUAGGGGCAUUUGAAGGUCUUGCCCCAGAAAAAAUUGUCCUUGUGACAGGAAUUUAUAUAGUUUCUAGAGUCUUGUUUUACCUUGGAUAUAUAGCUGCUGGGUAUACUGGGAUUCCUGCAUUUAGGUCAGUCUGGAUGAUGCUGACUUUUGUUAACAACGGAUUUUUGUUGUGGAUCAACGUGAAAACCAUUUUCAAACUCUAG